AGGAGCCGCCAUACGACACUGUGAUGAUGUGAGGGGCUGGGUGGACCCGGACCUGUUCAACUGCACCUCCCCGCCGUUCACAGAACUGUCUGCGAUUGUUGGACAGUUUAGAGAGAAACGAGACAGAACUGAAUACCAUCGAGUCCAAGAAGCUGUCUCUGCGUCUUCGCUCCGUGACAGAGCACAUGGACCAGUAUUUCGGGAACGACGUCCACAUAACCUACCGCCUGCUGUCUCUGCUCAUGCAGUUUGAGAACAGACAAGAGGGGUUUGGGCUGACGGCCACACAAGACGCCCAGUUCACGGAGAACCUUCUUCAGACAGGAAGCUCCAUCUUAACUCUGAGUAACAAGGAGCAUUGGGAAACGCUCCUGCAGAAUGACCGCGGCAGCGCCGGGCUCAUGGACCUCUUUCAGCAAUAUGCCAGCACCCUCGCCAGGAACAUGAAACUUACCUACCUGAACCCCGUUGGCCUGGUGACCCCUAACAUUAUUGUUAAUAUCGAGCGAGUGGAUAAUCAGAUCCCGGAAAGAAGACAUUUUCCCAGGUAUCACAGCAGUCUUUUCCGGGGUCAGACUUCCUGGGAUCCUCACACUCAUGUGGUGCUGCCCGCCUCGGUCCUCGAGACGCCCAAGCCGGAAGUGCCACCCACAAUUGCUGCGUCUCCAACCAGCCCCGCAACCAGCAACCUUACCACACCUGUACCCCCAGCAAAAAGAGUCAUCCCAGAACCGGCGCCAACCAUACUCAUUCUCAUUGUAUACCGCACCCUGGGCGACCUAUUGCCAGCACGUUACAACACGGAGAAAAGGAGUCUCAGGCUCCCUAAGAUUCCGGUGAUGAAUACCCCCAUCGUGAGUGUGUCCGUUCUCAGGGACCAGUCCUUUAUCCGUGGGGAUCUGGAGCGGCCACUGAUAAUAGACUUUCAAUUGCUGGAAACGGUGAACAGAAGCAAACCCGUCUGUGUGCAAUGGAAUCACACGACCCAAUUAGACCAGCCGGGGAGCUGGACGGCUAAGGACUGUGAGAUGAUCUUCAGGAACACUACACAUGUGCGCUGCCAGUGCUCCCAGUUUGGCAGUUUUGGAGUCCUUAUGGAUGGUUCUCAUCGAGAGCGAAUGGAGGGAGAUCUGGAGACCCUGGCCGUUGUCUCUUACACCUGUGUGUCCAUCUCGCUGGUGGCUCUGCUGUCUACGUUUGCGAUCCUGACAUCUCUGAAGGGGAUAAAAUCCAACACCCGGGGGAUCCACUCUAAUGUCGCCGCUGCGCUUUUCUUCUCUGAGCUUGUGUUCCUAUUGGGGAUCAACAGCACGGAAAACGAGUUCCUCUGCACGGUGAUCGCCAUCCUACUUCAUUAUUUCUUCCUGUCCACGUUCGCCUGGUUGUUUGUGGACGGACUCCAUAUUUACCGCAUGCAGACGGAAGUCAGGAACGUGAACUACGGGGCCAUGAGGUUUUACCACGCCAUCGGUUGGGGCGUCCCAGCCAUAAUUACCGGUUUGGCCGUGGGACUUGACCCCGAAGGUUAUGGAAACCCGGACUUUUGCUGGAUCUCCAUUUAUGAUAAACUUGUGUGGAGCUUUGCUGGACCGGUCGCUAUUGUCAUUGUGGGUCUGGCGGUGCUGGUUCUUUUCUGUGUACUCAAUGAAGAGGUCCAAGAGGGCUGGAAAAUCGUAUGUCUUGGCAAGAAGAGCCAGGGAGAGGAGUCAUCCAGACAAGCUCCGAUGGGGGGUCCCAACGCUUACAAUAACACGGCCUUAUUUGAGGAGAGCGGUCUGAUCAGGAUCACGUUAGGAGCAUCCACGGUGUCCUCGGUCAGCAGCGUGCGCACCACGCGUACUCACUCCAGCCACAGAGCCUAUCUGAGGGAAAACAUUGCAGCUCGCCAGGGAUCUGCCAAAGACCACAGCCUUCACUCCGGUCCCACUGACCUAGACAUGGCAAUGUUUCAUCGAGAUGCUGGAGGAGAACAAGAUUCUGACUCAGAUAGCGACCUGUCCUUGGAUGAAGAGCACAGUCUGUCUAUCCCGUCAUCAGAAAGUGAAGAAAAUGUCCGCCCUCGAGGAAGGUUCCAACGUCAGUUUAAACGGACAGCUCACAGCGAGAGGCUCCUCACCGAUCCAUCAAAUCACAGUCCUAAAGAUAUGGAUGGCAAUGACUUGAUGUCCUAUUGGCCGGCCCUGGGGGACACAGAGGUGCAGCCAAACUCAUUGCAGAAAUGGGGGUCAGAAAGGAAACUUGGUCUCGAUCUCAACAAAGACGCAGCUAACAAUAACCAGCCAGACCUGACCAGCGGGGAUGAAAAUUCCCUCACAUACUCCCAUAGGCAGAGGAAAGGAAUCUUGAAGAAUCGACUUCAAUAUCCGCAAGGUUUGCCAUCCAUGGGUAGGAUGACGAAUGAAUUACCAUGGUAUAAGACCUCUACGCUGGGUCACAGGGCUGUGCCGGCAGCCUCAUAUGGCAGAAUGUAUUCUGGAGCUGGCAGUCUGUCUCAGCCCAACAGCCGAUACUCCUCCCGAGAGCAGCUUGACCUGCUGAUGCGAAAGCAGAUGUCCAGGGAGCAACUGAGUAGAAAUAAUUCCCGGGAACUUCUAGAAGCUGUACCCAGUAGACAUGGAUCUCGAGAACAACUAGAUACCAUUCCUAGCCGGCAUGGUUCAAGAGAACAUCUGGAUAUCAUUUCCAGCCGACACGGGUCAAGAGAGCAUUUGGAAAGCAUAUCAAGCCGACACGGUUCUAGAGAACAUUUAGACCAGCCUGACAUGAGAAGUGAUAGGGGGGAUAGUCUGCCUCGAAGGCAUGCUUCUAGGGAACACCUGGAAGAUUUACAUAGCAGAUAUGGGUCAAGAGAGCAACUUGACGCUGGUCCAGCAAGAGAGCUGUCUCGAGAAUGGGUAAACACUUUGCCAGGUAGGCAAGCAUCUAGGGAGCGAAUGGACUCUUUAUUAACCAGACCUCCUUCUAGGGAGCAGCUAGACCCUCAGCCGAGAAGACAGCCGUCCAGAGAGCAACUGGCGUCAACUAGGCAACUGUCGAGGGAACAAUUGGACUUUUUAUCAAGAAGGUCUAAUUCCAGAGACCACCUGGACUCAGUGCCUAGCACACAUUCAUGUACAGAUAACAUAGAACCUCUUUCUAGAAGGCAACUAUCUAGAGAAAAUUUGGAGACUCUUUCAAAAAGGCUUCCAUCUAGGGACAACCUCGAACCUCUGUCUAGAAGACAACCUUCCAGGGAGAAUCUAGACACAGUUCCCAGUCGGCAUCCGUCCACCGAACAGCUAGAUAUUCUGUCAUCCAUCCUCGCUUCAUUUAACACGUCCGUCCUUUCAUCCAAUAAUUCCGCCCACCAAACCGUCAACCCUUCAGUGCAAAACUCCUCAACCCCAUCUAUGCUGUGUUCUUCUACACCCCAUUCUGGCACGUCACACAGCAUAUCCGAGAUGUCUGCAGAUUCUGAGUUAGUGAGAAAUGAUGGUCAUUCCUGAAAAACCCCCAUUGGGAGCAGAAGGAGAGGAAGAUACUACGGGCAGCUGUGUAUGCACGCUCCUGGUUACACAUCUGCUAGCAGAGGUCUGUAGUCCACUCGCCAGCUGGCCUGAGACGCGACUGAGCAGGAGGAGGUCGGGAAUCUCAGGUAACCAUUUACCAACCACAAUGCCGAAGCCAGGAUGGAACAUCAAGUGCACGUACCACAACAGGAAGGAAGUGUGGCACAGAGCGCUGACGCAACCAAACGCUGUUUCUACGUAUCGUCCGAAACGCUUGCUGCAGGAGGCUCCUUUAAAUAGAUGGUCAUCAGGGGAAGAGAGGUUCUUAUGAACUGAACAGACAUUUUUUUUUUAUACAUUUUUGUACGUUUGUAACCAGAGCUAAAAAAAAAAAAAAAAGGAAAACAAAAAGCAGAAAAUUUUUAUCCUUAUUUUUAGGGGUAAUUUGUCGAUGUCAUUCCAAUGCAGACGCUGUUCUUG